AUGGCGCUGCCCAAUCUCCGCCGGCUGUUUGUCGAAGCGCGCACGGAAGCCGAGGAAAAUGAAUACUCUCGGAAUGCGACUCGUUAUGCACAAGGGGUCACUAAGUAUCUGGGUAGUUUUACAACCUUGUUCUGUUCAUUUCCUCAGUCGCCGUCUUCAGCCUGGUGGCGCAGCGCAUGA